AUGAAGUGUUUGAUCAGCCUCGUUGUCCUCUAUGGUGCCCUCGCAACUGCUUUGCCUAGCAACACCAAAGCCUACAAUUUACCAGACAUUCAAGAUACAGCGGGCCUCGGCUUAGCAGACACACACAAAGAAGGAGGUGACAUGCCGAAACGUGGCAUUUGCAGUAACGAUGCCCUGGAUUGCUGCUGCCAGUGUGCUAAAGCUGAAAACUGGCCGUGUAUUGGAUGUUUUGGUGUCAAGUCUUGCCCACACGGCGGAGUGACUUUUGCGAAUGAGGCGAAGUAUUUGAAGCAUGACCCCUGGGGGUCAGGAACCAUCAAUUUCCCGGCCGUUCAAGAUGCAGCGGGCAACGAUUUAGCAGUCACCCACAACGAAGGAGGCGGCAUGCUUAAACGCGGCUUCUGCACUGACCAUAAACCGGAUUGCUGCUGCCAGUGUGCUGAGGCUGAAGCUUGGCCGUGUUAUGGAUGUACUGGUGAGAAGCAGUGCAUAAACCUAGGCCAUGUGGAUUUUGAUUCAGAGCUGUUAAUAGUAUAUGAGACAAGUUAA